AUGCGUCACAGGUGUCGCAGUGGAUUAUUUAACGCUUGUUUGCUGGCUGGCGUGGGCCGUCGCGUUAUUGCAGCGGUGUACGCCGCCCUCUCCCUUCAGUCGUUACAGUCGAUCUGCGCUGACUGCUUACGACUGCAGCGAGCCUCCUUCGAUCAUCCUCGCUCCCAACUGGGUCAGCACUCGACCCGGGGAAGCUGCAUAUCGCGAUGCGCGUCAUUGUUCGUCUGAGUCUGUGUGUCUCUGCAGCGCUUUCUGGCGGCGCGCGCUGGAGUGA